ACUUUAUUAGUAUUAUUUUUUCACAAACACGCAUUUGGAAUUUGUUUUUCUUUCAACUGACUUUCAAAAUUGGAAGAUGAUUGAGUAGAGUCAAAAACCGAACUGCAGCUAAACCAAAAUCGCGACGAGUGGAAUCCACAAAUAGAAGAGCCGCACAGCAAGCUGAGCAACUGUGGCAAGUUUGGGUUGUGGCAUAAUGUUGAGCUUUCUGUUGGUUGCCGUUUUGCUGGGUCAGCUGGUGAAUCCAGUGCUCGGAGAGGAUUGCACCGAGUUGGCAACCACCAACACCACCAGCACCACCUGCGGAUCGAUGAGUGCCAAUGGUUGUUGUGCCAAAGGCUGCAUACGGAAUACAAUGGGCCGUUGCAUCGCCGAGGAGUGCACUGGCAGCUGGACGGGUUGGUUGAGUCGACCCGUGACCAUGUCUUGUUACUUUCACUGGUUCCUACUCAUCUUUGGCGCCAUUAUCGGGCUCAUCAUGGUCUUCCUCAUCGUCCUCAAUCUGGCAUUUGAGGUGCGCCUGUGUCUGAGAAAGCGUCAGCAAGACAAUCGACAGAGCAGAUAUGUGCGAUUCAGCCCGAGGAGUAGUCCGAGCAGCAGCAAUGUCUAGGGAGUGAUUGGAAGUGGGACAGGAAGUGGAAGUGAGUGGGUAUCUGGAGUAGCUGGUGAAGUAACGGCAUCAAAUCGAGAUGUUAAUGCACAUGCGUGCGGCAUAAAAACUGUGUGCGGGAUUUGGCAUAAUCUACAAUACAUUAGCGGUAGCUUUGCUCUGGCUUUCAAUUCAAUUCGUUGGGUAUCUCAACGAAAUCCAUGUAAAUUACGAUUUGGCACCUUUGCCUGCCCCACACACACACACACACACAUACGGAGUGAGAGCGAGAGAGAAUGAGUCUCACGAAUCCCAUUACAUAGUAGUUAAAAGCUGAUUAGGAAAUACUUGCGGCUUGGUUAAAAAGAAAUAACAAUAAAUGGCACAUGUGAAAUGCUUA